AUUGGCAAGCUCGUACAUUACUCUUUUGAUGCUGUCGUCGUCUCUGCGAUGCUCGCAGGCAUAAAGCGCUCCACGGGCUUGUCUCCAAAGACCAGUAGUAUUGAAAACAAGGACAUUCGAGGCGCAGUAGACCGCUAUCUCGGCGUUGGAGAAUGGGUCAUGGACGUCAGCAUUGGCUACAUGAGCAGCAGUGCUUACUUUGAGCGCAAGCGUUAG